CUGAAUCCAUCCCUGACGAUUCCAAUUUAUUAAGAUUCACUCUCGCAUUUCGUCAAACACCUUCCCUGCAAUUUCUAUUCACCAACAGUGGUAUCCCACUCGUACAUCUUCUUUUACACCCACUCCAUUCUUAUCACUAUUCAACCCAAUUUACACCUUCAUUUGCAUGAUUGGAUAAUAAUAUUAAGAAGCUGAGGUAUUGAUUGAUGCCAAGUGUGAGUAAGUGAGUAUCCAAUGAAUAAGGAUUCGGCGUCGUUUCGUAAUUCGGGUGCAUACUCGAGCCCGGGUACACCGGAGGAUUACGGUGAUAACAACAAGGGUUGGUGUUCAGAGAGGGUACCUUUGCCAGACCAGUCUAUUUAUAGUAAGCAGAGGCGUACUAGUGUAAAUGUAUUGAUGCCAUAUAAUAAUGGGAGGACAAUGCCUUCUAAGUGGGAGGAUGCUGAGAGGUGGAUUACGAGUCCGGUUUCGGGUUCGGGAAUUUGUAAGGCUUUGCCGCAGCCGCCCCAGAGGCGGCCCAAGUCGAAGAGUGGACCGUUGGGUGUGACUCCUGGGGGGGAUGCAUACUUUUCUGGCUAUUCGCCCGGUUUUCCCUUGAUUGAAGGUGGGAGAAUGAAUGGGAUUUUCGCUGGUUCGCCGCUUACGACGGGUGUUUUGGUGCCGAAUGGGUAUUCGUUUCAUCAUGGUGGAAUUGAUGAGAAUGGGGAUUCAUCGGUUGUGUUUAUCGACUCUUCAUAUCCUGAUUCUCAAGAUGAAAAGAGUGAUGGGCGCAAUGUUAGUCGUGUUGUAUCAAGGCGAGAUAUGGCUACCCAAAUGAGCCCAGUGGGCAGCCCAGAGUCCUCUCCAAAAGGAAGGCUGCUGCUGUCCACCUCACCUCCACCGCCGGUAGAGCGUAACAGCCACGUUUCUGCUGGAGUGGAAGUCAGGGAUGUCCAGGUGGACAAAAGAGUCACCAUGACAAAGCAGCCGAAAAGACAUACAAAGAAAAUGGAAAAGAACGGGUCAACCGAAGUCAAGGACCUCGCUUUGACUUGGAGUCCUACUACAGAAGGAGCAAUGGAAUUGUCAAAGCUCGAGAAAGAGGAAGCAAGGAUCACUGCUUGGGAGAAUCUGCAGAAUGCAAAAGCAGAGGCAUCAAUCCGAAAACUCGAGAUGAAACUAGAAAAGAAGAAAUCAGAAUCAAUGGACAAAAUCAUGAACAAGCUAAAAAUUGCUCAAAUGAAAGCCCAAGAAAUGAGAAAAUCUCUGUCGGCAAAUCAGGCUCCCAGAACCCACCACAAGGUCAUGUUCUUACGCAGAUAUCCGAAGAUUUCUCUCACCCGCUGCUUUGUUCCCAGCACCCUGAAAUCAGAUAAGUCGGAAGUGGAAAACUCAAGAGAAGAGUGACAAGGUGUGGUUAGUAUCUAUGGUACAGCUUAUGCUUCACUAAAAAAAUGGAGUAUAAGCAUGUUGAUGAUAGCUAGCAUCUUCAUGCAAUUUUGGGAAUGAGUGGUUAGUAUCAAGAUAUGAGUAGUGCAUUCCAAGGGCUAAUGGACUAUAACCAAAAGGGUACUUGUUAUCAAUUCUCAACUAUUUUUGAACAAGUAAAUAGAUUGUACCAAUUCUGACCUCUAUUCAUAAAAUGCCUCCCCUCUAAAUUUUUAGAACAAAA